GGCGCGGCCCCCAAAGUCGCCCCACCGCCUUCCAGUCGGAUUGCGGCCGGGUCCGUCCUGGCUUUGUAGCUCGCUCAAGAUGGCGGCGCAGCCACCCAGCGGGAUCCGCCUCAGCGCGCUUUGCCCGAAGUUUUUACACACAAAUUCAACUAGUCAUACCUGGCCGUUCAGUGCCGUUGCUGAAUUAAUAGAUAACGCUUAUGACCCUGAUGUGAACGCUAAACAGAUAUGGAUUGAUAAAACAGUGAUAAAUGACCGGAUAUGCUUGACAUUUACUGAUAAUGGGAACGGUAUGACAUCAGAUAAGUUACACAAAAUGCUUAGCUUUGGCUUCAGUGAUAAAGUUACCAUGAAUGGUCAUGUCCCAGUUGGAUUGUAUGGGAAUGGCUUCAAGUCGGGCUCUAUGCGCUUGGGUAAAGACGCGAUCGUUUUUACCAAAAAUGGAGAAAGCAUGAGUGUGGGCUUCUUGUCUCAGACCUACCUGGAAGCCAUCAAAGCAGAACAUGUGGUUGUCCCAAUUGUCGCCUUCAACAGACAUCGACAGAUGAUUAAUUUAGCAGAAUCAAAAGCAAGCCUUGCUGCAGUUCUAGAACAUUCUCUGUUUCCUACGGAGCAAAAGCUGCUGGCAGAACUUGACGCAAUUAUGGGUAAGAAGGGGACACGGAUCAUCAUUUGGAAUCUUAGAAGCUACAAAAAUGCAACAGAGUUUGAUUUUGAAAAGGAUAAAUAUGACAUCAGAAUUCCCGAGGAUUUAGAUGAGACCACAGGGAAGAAAGGGUACAAGAAGCAAGAAAGGAUAGACCAGAUUGCCCCCGAGAGUGACUAUUCCUUGAGGGCUUAUUGCAGUAUAUUAUAUCUAAAGCCAAGAAUGCAGAUCAUCUUGCGUGGACAGAAAGUGAAGACACAGCUAGUUUCAAAAAGUCUUGCCUACAUUGAACGUGAUGUUUAUCGACCUAAAUUUUUAACUAAAACAGUGAGAAUAACUUUUGGAUUCAACUGCAGAAAUAAAGAUCACUAUGGGAUAAUGAUGUAUCACAGAAAUAGACUCAUCAAAGCUUAUGAAAAAGUUGGAUGUCAGCUAAGGGCAAACAACAUGGGUGUUGGAGUGGUUGGAAUUAUAGAGUGUAACUUCCUUAAGCCAACCCAUAAUAAGCAAGAUUUUGACUACACUAAUGAGUACAGGCUUACAAUUACAGCACUAGGAGAAAAACUGAAUGAUUACUGGAAUGAAAUGAAAGUGAAGAAGAAUGCAGAAUAUCCUCUAAAUUUGCCAGUUGAAGACAUACAGAAACGUCCUGAUCAGACAUGGGUUCAGUGUGAUUCUUGCCUAAAGUGGCGAAAAUUACCAGAUGGGAUAGAACAACUUCCAGAAAAAUGGUAUUGCUCCAAUAACCCUGACCCACAGUUCAGAAAUUGUGACGUUCCCGAAGAACCUGAAGAUGAAGAUUUGGUACAUCCCACAUAUGAAAAAACCUACAAAAAGAACAACAAGGAAAAAUUUAGGAUCAAACACCCAGAAGUGAUCCCUCGGAUCAAUGCCGAGCUGUUGCAUAGGACAACUUCCAUGCCAAGUCAGAGCUUUUCUCCUGCAAAGGACAGUGUUUCAAGAGCACAUCUUUCAGAAGUAGCAAAUUCUUACCCAACACGACUUCUAAAUAAUCAUCGUGUUUCACCCCAGUCUGAUCCUGAGAACAACAGCCUGAAACGGAGAUUUUCUACUCGUUCCUCAAUUUUGAAUGCAAAGAAUCGGAGACUGAGUAAUCAAAUGUUUGAAAAUUCUGUUAAAAAUGAUGAUGAUGAUGAUGAAGAUGUCAUCAUUUUAGAAGAAAGCAGUACUCCUAAACCUGCCAUAGAUCUUGAUGUUGAAGUCAAACCGGAACAGAGUCACAUUAAACAAAGCGGCAUUCAGGUUGAGAUUGUGGACUAUGCUGAGCCUUGUGGUCAGACCAAUUCCACAAGUCCCUCACCCAGGUGUGACCAAGGCACUGCUGCGGCCACCCAGACGGAAGCUCCCAGUUUAAUUGUUAAAAAGGAAGAAACUAUGGAAGAUGAUAUAGAUGCAAGGAAUGAUAAAGCGAGGCUGCCCAUCUCUUUAGAUGCCGAUGCAAAGAUGCAGGACACCAUGAUACAAGAAACCUUUGACAAGUCUGCAGAGACUGUUGGCUGUCAGUUAAAAGUACUGAGGAACGAACUCCUCCUGGUCAGUCAAGAGAAGGACAGCUAUAAGAGACAGUGUCACGUGUUUACAGACCAGAUCAAAGUAUUACAAGAGAAGAUCCUAGAAAUGAACGACAAAUAUGUCAAGAAGGAAACUUGCCAUCAGUCUACUGAAACUGAUGCUGUGUUUUUACUUGAAAGUAUUAAUGGCAAAUCUGAAAGUCCAGACCAUAUAGUCUCUCAGUAUCAGCAGGCUUUGGAAGAAAUAGAAAGGCUGAAAACUCAUUGUAGUGCUUUGCAACAUGUAAAGGCUGAAUGCAGUCAGUGUUGUCAUCUCGAGAAUAAAAGGGAUGUGGAUGAAAUGGCUGUGCAGCUCGAUGAUGUGUUCAGACAGCUGCACAAAUGCACUGUGGAGAGGGACCAGUAUAAAACUGAGGUUGCUUUAUUGGAAACGGAGAAAACACAUAUGCGUUCCCAGUUUGAACAACUCAAAACAGAAAUUGAACAGUUAAAAUCUACAAGGCAACAGUUAGGAGCAGAUGUUUCGACUUCAAGUAAUGUUGAGGAGUCUAUAAACUACUUGGAUGGUGAAAGCCUCAAGCUUCGGUCUCUUCGAGUUAAUGUGGGACAGCUGUUGACUAUGAUCGUGCCUGAUCUUGAUCUUCAGCAAGUGAAUUACGAUGUUGAUGUGGUUGACGAGAUCUUAGGACAGGUUGUGGAACAAAUGAGUGAGAUCAGUAGCACAUAAAGUAGGUUUUGUGUGGAAUAAUAGAAACAUGCCCACUUCCUUUGUGUGUACAGCUUUCCAAAUGUAAAGUUUUGUUUGAUAGGUAAGGUAGACAGCAGACUGCAGAGCACUAAUCUUUACUGUAUUCUAUGCAUUCAAGCGUGGUCACAAAUGCUGUGGACAUAUUGUUAUGCCUUUGGAAAUACCUUUGAAUUGUUGUUAUUGAGCAGCACAGUGGCUGACUUAUGACUGUUUUGAAUGUAAAUAUUUGUGAUUAAGCCCACACAUAUUUUUUUAUUGCUCUAAAGUACUUAAGUGUUUUUCACCAGGAGCUUUUCAAGUUGUUCCUAAAUUUGGUGCAAUUUUUUCUGGUGCUCAAAAAAGUAUUUUUCCUCUAAACUGAUGGCUAUUCCAUAAUACAAAUAAAAACGCCUACUACUACCUUUGAUUUUCUUUGAAAGGAAUUGAAAUAGGAUUUUAAAAUAAUAACACCUCUGAUAAGUAUGUACUUCUGAGGGAGUUGAGCAUUAUUUUUUUUUUUCUAUUAAGUUCCUUUGUCCUGAAAUAUUUAAAAUAUGGUGAGCAAAAACAGACUCCAUUUUGCCAGGAUUAUUCUUGUGCUGAGAUUGCCAACAAACUUAAACACAAAGUGUUUUUAUAGAACAAAGAAAUGGAAUGAUCUUUAGUAUAAAGUAUUGAAAUUAUUAAAUGAUCACCAAGCUUACUUUGAAGCCCAUUUUCGGCUGUAUAUUCAGCCUAGAGUGGGCACUAUAAUUAUUUAAUAUUUCUUUUUGUGAAAUUUCCUGUAUAGCCUUUUGUAGGAUUACUCCAGAUUAAUGUGAAUCGAGGAAGACAAUCUUUCUCAAACAGCAGUUUGUACUUCUAUUAUACCACAGACCUGAGUGUAGAUACCCUGGAGUUGAGGAGCCGAGGAUUAUAUAGUAUUACAUUCUAGGAAAUAGGCUUUAUUGGUUCCAUGUUUGUGCAAUCCUGAAGAGAUGGCUUUCUAUUAAAUAUAUUGACUGUAUAUAGUAAGAAUCAUAUUUUCCACAACUAAAAUAUGCAUUAUUUUUUCCAAAGGUUUAUCAUUGCUAUUUAUUUUUACUUUUGUU